AUGCCAGUGCAGCACUUGUCAGAUGAUUUAAUUCAUGAUAUCUUGCAAUACCUCCGUGAGGAUCAAUACGCUCUUUACAAUUCUUUAUGCGUAAACCGUUUUUGGAGUAGUCAAGUAGCUCCAUUACUUUGGUGUCAACCAUUUGUAAAUUGUCCUCUUUCAAAACGGCAUUUACUCAUAAGAACUUAUAUAUCAUGUUUUAAUACGGAUGAAAUUAAAAAUUUAAGUCCGUAUAAAAUUAAUCUUUCUGAAAUUCAACCUACUUUAUUUGAUUAUGCAAGAUAUUUGGAAAGUAUUUCUGAUUGUCAUUUGAAUUCAAGUGUUCUUGAUUGGAUUCAUAAACAAAUAAAUCAGAAAUUUUCUGAUUUCCCCGUUGGAGCAAUUACUGCAUCUCUAUGGCACUUGUUUUUACGUAAAUGUGUAAAGAUACAAUCAAUUUUAAUUUCUCCUCAUUAUUUUAGCUCUCUUAUUCCAACUCUGAAAUCAACUUUAAUGACAAGUACUGCUCUUCAUUCUUUACGAAAUUUAGAGAUUGUUAUUGAUCGUGAUUUCAUUAAAGGGAAAUUUCCAAAUACUGUAGAAAUUUUAAAACAGUUAUCUUUAUUAUGCAUCAACAUUGAAUAUGUUGAAAUAAAAAUCUUGAGGAAAAUUAAUCCUUUAACUCAACAAUUAAUAAUCGAUAUUAUUAAGUCUCAACAAAAUCUUAAAGAAUUCAAAUUGACCGAGAAUUGGGUUCAUUCAACAAGUAUUAUAUCAUCCUUGGAAAUUCACACUAAUAAUAUCACCGCUUUGGGAUUAUUUUCUUUUCUAUUUGAUGAUACUUCUAUUAAAAUUUUAUCCAAGUUUACAUGUCUGGAAUCACUUCAACUUCACAAAUGUAGUUGUAUUGAAAGGUAUCCAAAUAGAAUUCUAUCUGAUGCAAUAUUUAAUUUAAAGUCUUUAUUCAUAGUUGGAACUCCUUCAAAUUUAACUACUUCAAUUAUCGCCAAAGCUGGACAUAUGUUACAAUUAUUAGUUAUGGAUUGUGUUAAUAGUGAUAUGAUUGAUUUUGUUUCAAAAUAUUGUCCAAACAUUUCCAUGCUAUAUGUUGAAUUGACUCAAAACGAUUAUACUCUAUUAUUUCCUUGGAUUGGAUCAUUGCAAUUGGAAACUCUGGAAGUUAAAUGCUCUAUCGAAUCUCGUAAUAGAACUCACUUACUUAGUCCAAAUGACAGUGGAAAAUUUUUACAACUUUUAACUCAACAUUUACCUUUAACAUUAACUUUUUUGAGAUUAGAAGGAAUGGAAAUUUUACCUGAGGAUUUUAAUAAUUUCUCAAGGAAUUGUAAUGUUCCUUUACAAACAUUCAUUAUUCAGGGUAUUCUGAAACACUAUAAUGAUGAUGAAGUACUUUGUUUAAUCUCUCAAUUUGCUACUUUACAUAACAAAACAUUGGAACUUUUCGGAAUUGAUCGUGAUGUUAUACCUCAAAAGUGGUCAAAGAAAUUAAAGAAACUCGGGAUUGAUAUCUUUUCUAUUGAUGAUUUUGAAACUUUAUAUAAAAGUUAUUGA